AUGCUCUGGAACGCGAAUGAGACGGCUAAAAUAUUAGCGAAUGUGUUGGGCCAGACACCAAGCGCUCAAGACGGUUGUCAGCCGUCUCCCGUUCUCAAAGAGUUUCGAGUGACGUUACCGUUAACGGUUGAAGAAUAUCAAGUCGCACAGCUGUACUCGGUGGCGGAGGUGUCCAAGAAUGAAACCGGCGGCGGCGAGGGCAUCGAAGUGCUAAAGAAUGAACCCUUCACCAACUUCCCACUACUCGGCGGCCAAUACUCGUCCGGCCAGUAUACCUACAAAAUCUACCACCUGGCGUCAAAAGUGCCGGCCUUCAUCCGGUUACUGGCACCCAAGGGGUCCCUGGAAGUGCACGAGGAAGCCUGGAAUGCAUAUCCCUACUGCCGGACAGUCAUAACCAAUCCCAAAUGGAUGAAGGAAAAAAUGAUUCUAAUGGUGGAAACGCUGCACGCCGAGGGCGACGGAGAGAUGCCGAACGCUCAUGAGUUACCCCAGGAUAAGCUAAAACAGCGUGAAGUAGUUCAUAUCGACAUUGCCAAUGAUCCGGUGUCCGCCAGUGACUAUAAGGAAACGGAAGAUCCCACAAAAUUCAAAUCGGUGAAAACCGGCCGAGGACCGCUGGUCGGUCCGGACUGGAAGAAGAAAGUCCAGCCGGUGAUGACGUGCUACAAGCUGGUCACCUGCGAGUUCAAGUGGUUCGGGCUGCAGUCCAGGAUCGAGAACUUCAUCCAGAAAUCAGAGCGAAGACUGUUCACCAUUUUCCACCGACAAGUAUUCUGCUGGAUGGACAGCUGGCACGGCCUAACCAUGCAGGACAUCCGUGAGCUGGAGGACAAAACCAAAGAGGAACUGGACAAGCAGCGCAACUUGGGCGAAGUUCGUGGCAUGCGCGCUGAAUCGGAUUAAGUUAAAUAACGCAAUUGCUGCUACAACUAUUCGGGUAUUUG